CUGUACGUGCGUCUUGGUCUCUGAGCAUGCUCAGUGCGUCCAGAACACGUUGACCACGGAGCUAGCGUUAGCUUGUGUUAGCUCGUGUUAGCUGCAGCAGAGCUCCGGGCUUUGUGGGGGUAGAAACCCAGCUGUAAUAAACCAAUUCCCGGCCACUGUAGUGUGUAAGGGGCCGGUGAACAUGGCCAGGUACCUGCGGCCUCCUAACACGUCUCUGUUCGUCAGAAACAUCGCUGACGAGUCCAGGCCAGAGGAUAUACGACGUGAGUUUGGUCGUUAUGGGCCUAUUGUAGAUGUCUACCUUCCGCUUGACUUCUAUACUCGACGGCCAAGAGGAUUUGCUUACAUUCAAUAUCCUUUAUUCUUUUAAUUUCAAGAUGGUGUUCUUUUUUUAAUGAGGAAAUGUUAAGUAUGAAAGAAAUCUCCCUAUCCGAGGCAGUGGAACCUGACCUGAUUUGUUUAUUUGGGGAGAGGUCACUCUUAUUAUUGUUUAUGCAUAUGUUGAUCCCAUUGUGUAGGAAUGUUUUUAUGUGAAUAUUUUAACAUGUUUUUUGUUAUCAAAGAUACUGUUUUCAAAUUCCAAUCUAUUCCUAACCAAUAUUUCCUCUGUUGUUGCCUUAGAAUGGUAAAGAUACAGUUCUGGACACCCCACACCAAAGAAAAGUUGAAAGAAGUAGAGUAGAUUCAAGCCAAAGACACCCAGGCGACAAGCAGUAGUGGAAUUGGGAAAAUAAAGAGAGAGCAAAAGCAUGAAGAUACACAGAGGAGAAAAGAGAGCACCCAGGCUUCCGUUUGUCUACCAAAGGAAGGGAGGAAAAGAAAAAGUGUUUAUUGUUGGGCAAAGACAAGCAGGAAACCUCAAGUUCUUCUGCCAAGACAAUAAAGAUCAAGCUGAAGGUCAAAGGUCAAGCAUGUUAAAGUUCAGCACGUUUGAAGAUGUCCGCGACGCAGAAGACGCGCUUCACAACCUGGACCGUAAAUGGGUUAGCGGACGUCAGAUCGAGAUUCAAUUUGCCCAAGGAGACCGCAAGACACCUAACCAGAUGAAGACGAAGGAGCGCAGUUCCCCUCGCAGCUCCUCCUCUCGCCAUGAGGACGAGCGGGACAGCCGCCGCCGCCGAUCCCGGAGCCGCAGUUACGAUCGCCGCAGGUCCCGGAGCCCCUCCUACGAACGCCGGCCUCGGAGGUCGGAGAGCCCUCGAGAAUCUCGGUCCUACAGUCGACACAGACGGAGCCGAAGCCAAGAAAAUGACAAGUACAGAGGUCCUCCCCGUGAUCACCACAGAGCACACCAUGACCGAGGGUCACGCAGCCGCUCUGGGUCCCCCUCCGCCUCCAGAUCCAGGCCCAAAGUUAAAAAGAGCCAGUCCAGGUCCCACAGCCCGGCUGAGGCUUUCCACCCAAACUCCAGCUCCCAGAAACAGUCGGUGGGACGCUCUCCAUCCCGCUCCUAUUCUAGAUCCAUGUCUCGGUCACGCUCUCGCUCCAGAUCCUGGGCUGGACGCAAGUCUGGUGGUCACUAAUUCUCUGGCCUUCCAAAGCCCUUGAGGAUGUUACUCUUCAACUUAUGAUAACUAGUGUUAUGCUCUUUAUUUGAGUUUGAUUAUCAUCACAUUUUAGAAGGGGCUGUUGCCAAAGGAAAGAGCAGUAGCAACAGCUUGGAUGUUAUUUUUAUGCUUAGCGAAAACUGUUCUUGUUUUUAAGUAAUUCAUGAAAGCACAGGCCAGGUGGAGUUCUUUUCGACGUGUGUGAUGUUGAAGGGUAAGAUGUCAUGGGUACUAUCAUUUUUUUUUACUUUGAGUAUUCAAAACAUACCAUCAUAUUCUUGUUAAUAUGCCUGUUUCCAUUUGGUGUGUUAUGUUAAGGAAUAAAAAACUUUGAAAUUGAACUGUGUUUAAAUAACCCGACCCCACAAAGACAUUCAUAGCCCCUGAUGUAGUGUACUACCCAUCGCCUGCUGUGGCAGUGGAUGAAUGGGAUGUGGUCAGUUUGUUGUUACUGUGUCUAGUACUUUAUAAUUUAACAAUAUGUAAGAGCCAGGUCUUCAUUCUAAUGUACUGUCAUGAGUGACUUCCAAGUCACAUACUUGUGACUGGUGUGUUUAACCAAUAAAAACUUUAAAUUCUG